AUGGGCAUGGGUUGCAAUUGUUAUAUCAAUUAUAUUAGCUGCAUUAGCAUUUUAUAUUGGUACCUGUAUUACCAAACGAAAACGUACCAGGUUGGCAAUAUUUGUUGCUGUUGUUGUCGUUGUUGUUGUUGUCAGUGUUGUUGUUGCUGUUGCUGUUGA